AACAAACCCAGUACCUUCCGAUACAAAUACUCUUCUUCGUCGAGCAACCCUAUGCUCCUAUACAUAGCCACUCAGUCGCUCUGCCGAACCCUUGAACCACCCUUCAACCACCCUUGAAAAUGUCCGACUGCAUCCCUCUACCAAUCAUCUGCUUCCAAUGCGGGACAGAUCAAAAUCCAUGCCGCUGCAAGGUCGUGGGGCCGACUCUCGGGUUCGGAGUCACGGUUAUCAUGGCGAUAGUCUGCUGGCCGGCCUCCCUGCUCUGCUGCUGCUGUGCGACGGAUGCGGGAAAGAAGGUUCUCGCACUUCCCGUCGACGCGGGCAACGCCGUUUCGAAUUCGAUUCCCAUAUAAUAGACAACCAAGAUGUGAACGAGACGGAGCACUGACCAACUUACGACCAAUUUCGGCGGUAUGCCGCAUAUGGGGUGGCCAUGGGCUUUGAUUAGCACUACUAGUGGGAAUCCAAAGCCUUUCAAACGGACCUCUCCGACGCAG